GCGAGUGGGCGUGGUGGUUUUGGUCACGUAGCUCCUUCCUCGGUUUCUUCGCUACGUGAGGCUGACUUGGAGGGAAGUGAACGUCGCUAAGAAAGGACAAAAAUAGGAGAAGGGAGCAGAAACAACAACUACCCCCAAAAGCUGCCUCAGGAGCAGUGAAGUGUCUUCAUGGCAGUUCGUCGAGGACACAUUAAGUACUUGAAAGCUGACCUGCAGGAGGUGUAUGACAUGUCGAACGGUUAUGAAGACCACAUGGGAGGGGAUGAGGGGAAGGACGCCAAGACCAACCUGAUAGUGAACUACCUGCCUCAGAGCAUGACGCAGGAUGAGCUGCGGAGCCUCUUCACCAGCAUCGGGGAGGUGGAGUCUGCCAAGCUGAUUCGAGACAAAGUCGCAGGCCACAGUUUAGGGUACGGAUUUGUUAACUAUCUUAACCCUAGUGAUGCAGACAGAGCUAUCAGUACACUGAAUGGACUAAGGCUACAGUCCAAAACUAUCAAGGUUUCAUAUGCACGACCCAGCUCUGAUACAAUAAAGGAUGCCAACCUGUAUAUCAGCGGCCUGCCAAAGGCCAUGACCCAGAAGGAUGUUGAAGACAUGUUCUCACGUUACGGACGCAUCAUUAACUCUCGUGUACUUGUUGACCAGGCCACAGGUACGACAGGCGCGUCCCGCGGGGUGGCUUUCAUCAGGUUUGACAAGCGGGCCGAGGCAGAGGAGGCUGUCAAAAACCUGAACGGCCAAAAACCACCCGGAGCCUCUGAGCCAAUCACAGUGAAGUUUGCCGCCAACCCGAACCAGGUGAAGAACACGCAGCUCAUCUCUCAGCUCUACCACAACCAGUCCCGACGCUUCGGAGGGCCCGUACACCACCAGGCACAGCGGUUCAGGUUCUCCCCCAUGGGCGUUGAUCACAUGAGCGGCAUGGGAAGCGUCAGUGUCCCCGGGAACUCCACCUCCGGCUGGUGCAUCUUCAUCUACAACCUGGGCCAGGACGCCGACGAGAGCAUCCUCUGGCAGAUGUUCGGCCCCUUCGGUGCAGUCACCAACGUCAAGGUGAUCCGAGACUUCAACACCAACAAGUGCAAGGGCUUCGGCUUCGUCACCAUGACGAACUACGAGGAGGCGGCCAUGGCCAUCGCCAGCCUGAAUGGCUACCGGCUCGGAGACAAGAUACUGCAAGUGUCCUUCAAGACCAGCAAGGGCCACAAGUAGAGAGAGCUGGACAAUCGGGUGUAGAGGAGAGAUGGAAACAAGCUCAGCCAGGCUUUUAUGGCAGAAGUAUGAGUUUUCCAAGUCUGGCACAUCUGUUUGGGUUUUAGUGUAUUCAGAGUUAAAUGACAUGUUCACUCUUCUGCACCUUUGUACUUGUCUAAAAGAGUGUCUAGGCAGAUUUUUUUUGUUUGUUCUUUUUUUUUUUUCAUCUUUAUACUCAUGCUUGGGGCUUGAGGACACUCAGUAGAUUUAAUUUUUAGUGAGGGGGUGAAGAGGGAAAAAUCCCAUGAUACCCUGACGAUAACUUUUUGAAAAUAAUCUAAAAAUCUAAAAUACUGUUCGUAUGUGUUGCAUGUAUAACUGUGGGGACUAGAUAUAGGAGGCACGCAAAUGGUUCUUAGCAGCGCACUGAAAAUACGGAGCACAAGGAAAGCCCUGCAAAUUGUUCUCCAAGUGUUGACAUUUUGGUGGUUGAUUUAAUCCGAAGAAGGCGAGGAGGAAUACUCUGCUCGUAGCCAGUGGUUGUCAUUUCGGAAAAGCAGUGCUCUGUUCUGGAUCCUCGUCAUAAGUAGAUAAUAGAUGCCUUAAAUUAUCAUCCAGCGGACACACAGACCUACAACACCACUCACUGUCUCGAGUCUAAUCUAAGAGCAAAGCACUUCUAAUCUGUUUUAGGUUACUCUGAAUAUCAGUCUUUUUGAUGUUAAUCUAUUGACUUUUGCUCGCCCUGCUAUCAGGUUAACAAUUUUAAAUAUGACGAGGUCUGGAGCUAAAUGUAUGUUUUGUUAUCCCUGUGUAAAGUGUCUUUUUAUUAUUAUUAUUAUUAUUAUUAUUAUUAUUAUUAUUAUAAUAAGUUGUAUUUCAGGAGAGUCCUGUUGAAUAUGAACCCCAGUCAAUGAGUAGAGAAUUAAGAUGGACCAAAGGCAGGGAGAGACUUGAUUAUAUUACCACAGAGGGGUUUUCAGAGCAGGUUUAAGGUAAAGUUAUACCUUAAUUUGCGGGUGGAUUUUUCUUUUUUGAAGAGGUACUAAGGUUAUAUCUGACGCUAACUGAGAGCAACAUCACUUUGGCUCAGUACACCGUUCUGUUUUGUUUUUUCUUUUCUUUUGAUUUAACUUUUUCUUUGUUUGGAACAUUUCAUUUUCUUUCUAAAAGGCAUUUAGGUUUUCAUUUGUUACAAUGUAAGUUACAAACUUGUUUUAACGAGUGCUUAUCUCAAGUUUGGAGAGACAUUAAUGGCCUUUGUUAAUGAUUUCAGUUUAGAUUUCUUUUCUUCCUUUCUUUUGUUUUGGUUGUUUCGCUUUGAGCAUAAAACCAUUAAAUUUUAUUUCUUUUUGCUGAAA